CUUAGACCACUCAAAUGGCAGACGACAAGACGCCGGCUGCCGGCGGUAUUGGCGAGGCCUUCCAGGAGAUUUCAUUGGCCGAUCACACACCCGAGCCGCUCCCGGAGCAGUCUCUGGACAACCUGGACAUUGAGUCGCUGACGCCGCUCACCCCGGACAUCAUUGCCCGCCAGGCCACCAUCAACAUCGGAACGAUUGGGCAUGUGGCCCACGGCAAGUCGACGCUCGUCAAGGCCAUUUCGGGCGUGCAGACUGUGCGGUUCAAGAACGAGCUCGAGCGCAAUAUUACGAUCAAGCUUGGCUACGCCAACGCCAAGAUCUACAAGUGCGAGAACCCCGAGUGCCCGCCGCCCGGCUGCUACCGGUCGUACAAGUCGUCGCACGAGAUCUCGCCGCCGUGCCGCCGCCCCGGGUGCGGCGGGCGGAUGGAGCUGCAGCGGCAUGUCAGUUUCGUCGACUGCCCCGGCCACGACAUUCUCAUGGCGACGAUGCUCAACGGCGCGGCGGUGAUGGACGCAGCGCUCCUUCUGGUGGCGGCCAACGAGUCGUGCCCGCAGCCGCAGACCUCGGAGCACCUUGCCGCCAUCGAGAUCAUGCGCCUCCAGCACAUCCUGAUUAUGCAGAACAAGGUCGAUCUGAUCAAGCAGUCGCAAGCCGAGGAGCAGCACAAGCAGAUCCAGGCCUUUGUGAAGGGCACCGUCGCUGACGGCGCGCCGGUCGUCCCGAUCUCGGCGCAGCUCAAGUACAACAUUGACGUGGUGUGCGAGUACAUCUGCACGCGCAUCCCGGUCCCAGCGCGCGACUUUACCUCUGCUCCGCUCCUCAUCGUUAUCCGCUCGUUCGACAUCAACAAGCCCGGAUGCGCCGUCGACGAGCUCAAGGGUGGCGUCGCCGGUGGCUCAAUCCUCAAGGGUGUGCUCAAGGUCGGCGACGAGAUCGAGGUCCGUCCGGGCAUCGUCUCGAAGAACGCCGAGGGCCAGGUCCAGGUCCAGCCCAUCCUCUCGCGCAUUGUCUCGCUCUUUGCCGAGCACAACGACCUGCAGUACGCCGUGCCCGGUGGCCUCAUCGGUGUCGGCACCCUCAUCGACCCCAUGCACUGCCGCGCCGAUCGCCUCGUCGGUAAGAUGCUCGGCGCCGUCGACCAGCUGCCGGCCUGCUACGUCGAGCUCGAGAUCUCGUUCUUCCUCCUCCGCCGCCUCCUCGGCGUCCGCACCGAGGGCAAGGCCAAGGGCUCCAAGGUCUCCAAGCUUGUCAAGGGCGAGGUCCUCAUGCUCAACAUCGGCUCGCUCUCCACCGGCGGCCGCGUCACCGCCCUCCACGCUGAUCUGGCCAAGGUUGUCCUCUCGGCGCCCACCUGCGCCCGCAUCGGCGACAAGAUCGCCCUCUCCCGCCGCCUUGCCUCGUCCUGGCGUCUCAUCGGCUGGGGCACGGUCAAGCGUGGCAAGGAGCUGUGAGGCAUGGCAAAUAACAACAACAACAACCAACA